AUGCUCUUGGACGCACUUCUGGCUGAGCUUGUGGGAACUACAAAAUGUGAUGACGAAGGUUCACUAAGUGCACUUUCUCUGGCAAAGGUAUCAUACAUAGCAAUUAUUAGUGACUGGUUCUCUGCAAUUGCAUCCCCAGUGGGAGCUCAGUUCAGAGAUCUUGGAAUCACUACCAACUCUUUGAACCAGAAAAAGGGCCUGACUGAUCUUUCAUGUGUUGGGCCACCACUCUUGAAUCAGCCUAAUGGUAGUACAAUUGGCUUGAAAGUAAGAAAAUCAAAUGUGACUGCUUCAAUGGCUCAACAUCAUAAAGCUCCUGAGACGAUGGUCGAAGCAUCUGCUCCAUUGUCAGAAACAAACACCCUUCAAACUUUCUCAACAGGAUCAAUUGCUGUGAAGGUGGAGACAGAACUUGAUGAGAACACUACAAUUAGUGGUUGGAUUGAAAUGAACAAUUCGAAUUCCAACCCGUUACAAUGGGCUGUCAACUUGUUCGAUGAUUCUGAAGAUGAAUCUGGAUGGGGUAUGUGUGUAAGUGGGAUGAUGGCUGAGGGUUCCCGUAAAUGGACCCAUUUGCAGGCCGACUCAUACUUAAAAUUAAAUUUAGGGAACAAAUUCAGUAUAAAACCAGGCAUUGCAUAUGCAGUGGAAAGUAAUGCCAGAAUAUUUGCCCUCAUGCUUCGAUCGAACUGGUCCUUCUGA